AUGAUCGAGCAGUUGGAAACGAAAAUUCAGCGAAGCGAAAAUCUUCGUGUAUAUAUUCCGCGACGCGAGAGAGGGGAACGCUUGUUGCGUCAACCAAGUCAAAAACGUCACGGAUGUCACGGAUCCAGUGAACCAGAAAUUGGGCGAUCGGAAGAGCCGCGGGCCACGACACGACGAAGCGUCGCGACGUCAGUAGAGCGCCGCGCUAUCGACCACCGCCACGAGACACCGUCGUCGUCGUCGUCCUCGUCUUCGUCUUCGUUUUCCUCUUUGUCUUCGUCUUCGUUCUUCGUUGUCUUCCCUCGUCGUCCUUCCUGGUGUUUUCGCGUCGUCGUUCCCGCUGCCGCCGCCGCCGCCGUCUUAGAGGCGUACGUUUAA